UGAGACGAGUUGAUGGUAAAUUGCUUCAACCUAACUUGGUAAUGUACAACACCAUUAUUGAUAGCAUGUGCAAAGAUAAACUUGAUAAUGAUGCUUUUGAUUUAUAUUCUGAAAUGGUUUCUAAGAGAAUUUUCCCUGAUGUUAACACUUAUAAUGCUUUAAUUAAUGGUUUUUGCAUUGUUGGUAAAUUGAAAGAUGCAAUUGGUUUGUUCAAUAAAAUGACAUCGGAAAACAUCAACCCUGAUGUGUAUACUUUUAAUAUAUUGGUUGAUGCAUUUUGUAAGGAAGGAAGGGUGAAAGAAGCUAAAAAUGGGUUAGCUAUGAUGAUGAAACAAGGCAUUAAACCUGACGUUGUUACUUAUAACUCUUUAAUGGAUCGAUAUUGUCUGGUAAAUGAAGUGAACAAGGCCAAGAGUAUAUUCAACACUAUGUCUCAUAGGGGAGUGACCGCUAAUGUUCGGAGCUACAGUAUCAUGAUUAAUAGAUUUUGUAAGAUUAAAAUGGUGGAUCAAGCCAUGAAACUUUUCAAAGAAAUGCAUCACAAACAAAUUUUUCCUAAUGUGAUAACUUAUAGUUCCCUUAUUGAUGGAUUGUGCAAAUCUGGAAGAAUAUCAUAUGCUUUGGAACUUAACGAUGAGAUGCAUGAUCGAGGGCAACAACCUGAUAUAAUCACGUACAGUUCUAUAUUGGAUGAUUUAUGCAAAAACCAUCAGGUUGACAAGGCAAUUGAAAGACCAGGGUAUUCGACCAAAUAUGUUCACAUACACUAUUCUUAUUGAUGGAUUGUGCAAAGGUGGAAGACUAGAGGAUGCACGGAAUAUUUUUGAGGAUCUUUUGGUCAAAGGCUAUAAUAUAACUGUCAACACAUAUACCGUUAUGAUCCAUGGGUUUUGUAACAAGGGCUUGUUUGAUGAAGCAAUGA